ACGUUUCCUUGUGUCUAACUUAACUUUUCACGGUGAGAUGGCCGAGGAGUCUCUGCUGGUUCCUGUGAAGUCGAAACGGGCUCUGUGGACAGACAGCAGGAGGCGAGAAAACCCGCUGCUGUCCCCUUCGACCUCCAUUUUUAAAAAAACAAUAACGGUUUGAUCCUGGUUUUGUCCUGCAGACGUGAAGCCCGACUCCUGAAAAUCAAGUGCUAAACAUCUCAUCACUAUUGCUGAAUACUUGAGACUGGCCCUGGACAGGUUUGUGUUGUAGCUGUGUGGCUGGCAGCCUGGCUGCCUCCCUGCCUCCAGAUGAAUGAAGAACACUCCGGGACACAGGGACACAGCUGAUACAGGUCCGGGGUCACCUUCGGGGCAUGCAGGUGUUUCUGCAAAUAUGAUGAAGAAAAAGAAUCCCCAUAAGAAACAUAAGAGUAGUCUGGGUCCGACCACCAAAGUUCUGUCACAGCCUCGACGCAACAUCGUCGGCUGCAGGAUCCAGCACGUGUGGAAGGAGGGAGGAGGCCAUGUGAUCUGGAAAGGAACAGUGCUCGACCAGGUGCCAGUGAACCCGGCUCUCUAUCUGAUAAAGUAUGAUGGUUUUGACUGUGUUUAUGGUCUGGAGCUUCAUAAAGACGAGAGGGUUCAGGGACUGGAGGUGCUCCCUGACAGACUGGCUAAAUCCCGUCUGACAGAUGUCAGCCUGGCAGAUGCCAUGAUAGGUAAAGCAGUGGAGCACAUGUUUGAGACGGAGGAAGGUCCGAAGGAGGAGUGGAGGGGGAUGGUGCUGGCCCGAGCUCCCAUCAUGACCACCUGGUUCUAUAUCACCUACGAGAAAGACCCGGUCCUCUAUAUGUACCAGCUGCUGGACGACUAUAAAGAAGGGGACCUCCGCAUCAUGCCUGACUCCAACGACAGUGUCCCGACGGAGAGGGAACCUGGUGAGGUGGUCGAUAGCCUGGUGGGUAAACAGGUUGAGUACGCCAAAGAGGAUGGCGGCAAACGAACGGGCAUGGUCAUUCACCAGGUGGAGGCAAAACCCUCCGUCUACUUCAUUAAGUUCGACGACGACUUCCUCAUUUACGUCUACGACCUAGUCAAAACUUCGUAAACUAAGUGGAUGUCCUAAGCCACCAAGACAGAAACAAAAACACACCUGAAGCAUUUGAUCCAGCGCUCAUCCUUCAGAUCAUUAAAUACAAAAAUAAACUCAAAAAAAGAUUUCUUGUCGCGGAAGAACACAGGAUAGAUACUUUUUGAGGGGGCUUGGUUAAGUUGAAGCAUUUCAUCUAUGACCUUAAAUUCUUAAAAUAAAAGAAAUAAAUUAGUCAUGGUUUUACAUUACCCUCAAAAGAUCAAACUUUUUGAAGCCCCUUAAUAGUUUCAUGAAAAACAGAAAGCUAUCCAAAAAUUCUAUUUUACUCAAGGAAAAUAUUGAGAAAGUUGAAGCGAGAUGAAGGCUCUUUAGAAUCUCACAUUUUAAACAAAAAUUUGCUGACCCUAAAAUCCUCCUCCUCCUUACACCUAAAGAAACUAAACCUUAAAAUUCACUCUUAGUGUCUGAUUUCAUCCAGUGCGCUGGUUGCAGAGAAAAAUUUUGGUCUUGGUGAUAAGUGUCUCAAUGAACAUGUCACUGAAAAGUGUGACAGCAGCCAUCUCUUCUGUGCUACUCCUGAUGGAAAAUACCAAACCGAAAGUCUUUAGAGAUUUCUUGUCAUAUUUUCAAUUAACAAAUCUAGCUGCAGAAAAGUGAGCAGACUCCUGGUGAAGUGAAGUGUGGAACUGGUUGGUGGAAGGGCCUUCAAAAAGAAAGACUAGAAGAAGGUGAAUUCUUGGACCAGAAAAACAAAUAAUUGCUAUCAUGACGGAGAAUGAGCAUGUGUUUUGUUUUUGGGACACUUUAAGAUAGGAACAAACAAUACAGCUCACUGUCACAUCCAAUAAGGAUUGGCAUUACCACGGUGUGGGAGCCCAUUUCUGCCGGGAAAAAAAAAUGAUAUAACAGAUGAAUAGUUAGAAAUGACAAAACAAAAAUACUCAUGGAAAGUCAAAAUUACAACUUUCUAAAUGAAAAUGGUGAGAUAGUUUAAACAAUGAAGGAAGUCAAAAUUAUAAUAUGUGAAGUCCAAAGAACCUGUGUUAUGAGUUUGACUACUUCAAUCUCAAGCUUUUACUGAUGUCUCCCAUUUUUCAGUUAAAUCACGUAAUUUUGACUUAAUAUUUCACAAUUGUGACAAAGUAAGCCAAUAUUUUUACUUUCAUAAUGUUGAAUUAGUUCAUCUAAGUUUGCAUUAGUAUGUCAAACUUUUUACUUAUGUCAUAAUUAUGACUUAAUUUAGUAAAUCUUAGUUUUGGUUUAGUAAAUCAAAAUGACUGUAAAAACCAGUCAGACCUUUGACUUCUAAUCCCUUAAAGUUGACUUGCCAAGAGUAAUUGUAUGUUUGCUAUUCCUAACAUAUCUUGUCUUUCCCGUGGCGGAAAUGAGCUUCCAUGCAACUGAGCUUCAUAAGACAGGAAGCAAAAGGAACCAGUCUCAGUUAAAAGUUAAAGACAUCUGCGGGUCGAUUAAUAAUAAUAAUAAUAAUAAUAAUAAUAAUAAUAUCGAUAAUAAACACUAAACAAUAAAUAACAAACUUCAACACAAAGGAUCAUCUCUGGAGCUAUUCAAAUAAUCAAAAAAGUCGUUGGAAAUAUCUCAAAACCUAAUUUUCCCACUUUUGUUCAAUUGGAGGUUGACUGGAGUUGGAUUCUGUCCCACUUGUUGUAUAGAGCAAAACAAGACAGAUUGCUUCAUCACAUAGUGUGCUACUUUUACAGACUCCAUUUCACCAACUUCAACUGAACAUUGAUGAAGAUCAACAGAUCUUCAUCUAAAGGCAUCUGCACUUAAAACCUUUUUUUUUGUUUUUGCUUUCAUCAUUGCCAAAAACCCCUUCCUGUUGUGAAGUUGUUUGACGUUAAAGACAAUCAGACAGCUUUCUUGUGAUUUCACUAAAGCCUUUGGAAUUGCUCUUGUGGUGUUUUUUCUAAAUCAUCUUUGAAUGAAGGAUGGAGAAACAAAAUUGAAACUUGGCCAAAGCCCUUUCUGUCCUUGGCAAUUUGUUUUAGUGUUAAAUUGUUUGUUGUAGAUUGACAGGCACCCAGAUCUACAGUUUCAUGAGUUCUCCACAGUUCCUCCAUUUGAACUUGGAACACAGUGAUGUAUUCUAAAUGUCAUAAUUUAUGAAAAUACAAAGGAUUUGAGGAGCUAAGGAAGAGAUGAGAAGAAUAUUCUCUGGACUGUUGAAUGCUUAAUGGCAGAAUUGGAACUGACAAGAAAAACAAGUCUGCUGUAGCAAUACAGUCAGGUUUUUAGUGUGGAAGGCUUCAGUUAGACAGUUAAGAUGUUCAGCGUUGGAAGCAUGUGAAUCCAGUUUAAUACUAUGUGUUGGUUGAUAAAAUUAUUACUGAAACAAGUAUCCCAGUUUGUAUUUACACACAAACCAAAAGAUUAUGGACUUGUGGUGUAGAUCUGACAUUCUCCUGGCCUGAAGAAAACACAAGUGUCUGUCAGACGUCCAUGAAGAUGAUCUGGUCUGCUCCACAGCAUUUAUGCAGUAAGACUGGACACGGUCGGUUGUGUUUAGUAUGUGAAGAGAUUAAGAAGCAGUGAAGGUUUAAAUUUCCUUUUUCACAAAUGUACUUCUCAUUUUAUUUGGAUCUACUCAAGACUGAAGGUUUUCAUAAACUUGUGUUCAAUUCUGAUUUGUACUUGUAGUUUGAGCGUUAAUAAUUGAUUGAAACUUGCAAUUGGAAUGUAGUGUAAGGUUAGAAUCAAACUGUUUUUACUGACCAGUGACUGAUAUCCCAAAUAGAGUUGCCACUUUCAGUGUUUUGUCAGCUAGCUACAUUUUUAAAAGAGAAAAGAACCCUCAAAGAGCCUUUAUCAAAGUCAAAAAACCUCAAACAUGACUUAUUGGUUCAUUAAAGGAUGAUUGUGUCAUUCAGGUUUUUUUAGGUUUUAAAAUGCAACAGCAACUGGAACAUCUUCGCUGUCGAUUUCCUCUCAAACUGUAAGAAUAAAAGAGAAACCAGGAAAGGUUGUUGAGCCAUGCAUUCUGGGGGAAUGUCUUUAACAUAUUGGAUGGCUCAACUGAAUCGGUGCACUGAACAAGUUUUUAUGUAAAACUUUCAGUCUGUGUGCUUCCUGUGAUAUAGUUAGUUGCCGAGGCAGAUUGCAGCUCUUAUUAUAACCGCACUUAAAAAAAAAGGACUGUCCAAGAGAUCUUAAAGUUUCUGCGCUUGUGUAUCUGUUUUCCUUUUCUUUAACGAGAAAUAUGAUUGUGAUCAUCUCAGCAGGCACUAUUUUAAUUAAUGAGAUAAUGUGUCGUUACAAAGACUUGUUUCACAGUGACGUUAUGUCCAAUUCAUCCAGUUCAUUUCACUAUAUUAAUGAAAACAGAUUAUUGAUGUUUAUGUUGGAAUGACAUUGGCCUUCUAUCAUCCUUCUGCCUUGUUAUUGUUUUUGUAUGUUUCAAAAUGUAUGUUAAUAAUUUUUAUUGUUAAUGCAAAACUGGUGUGGUGUGCUUUGUUUUCUUUGCACCAUGGUUAACCUUCAAGCAUUUGACAUCCGGGACUGUUCUGUUGAUGUCAGCAGUUAGGAGGGGUUUGCUGUUUGCAGAGGUUGUGAAUUGAAACUGGAAUUAUAUUUCAGCGAAAGAAGGGGAAGUUAAAAAAAACAACUAUAGAAAAUAUAAAAGGUGAUUCAAGAUCUAAUCCGUCCAAUGUUUAAAUGAAUAAAAGGAGAGAGAGAGCUGUAGGAUUAGCAGCUGUGGCCAAAGACAUGGAAGGGAGAGGAUUCACACUGGGAUAGAGUAACUCACCACACUCCUGUACCCUACACACUCACACAGCAAAUCAACAAAAGGGAUGCAAAUAAAUAGUGAAGGAAGUGCAAAAUUUACCAAACACACUAUUAUGGAAGGUGGUGAAGCACAGGUGAGGAACUCUACCACCAAACCGUCCACCAUCAGGCCAGCCACGCUCACUGCUGUACCUACAGUACUCGUACAGGGACAGCAAAACACGAUCCCAGCAGGGGUAUACACUCUUGGAUGAAAUAAUUAAAUCAAUGCCAGGAGGGCCAACAGUGUACAAACAAAAGAAACAACUAAUAGAAAACACCAAAUGAACUAAAGGCUAAGUGCAAAGCACUGUAUCAAACAACAAAACUAAGCAAAACCGUUAACAGACAGUUAAACAAAACACAAUUACUAAACUAACAAAAUAACCAAACAGAACAUAUAUGGAGCAGCGACAGCACUCUACAGGCUCAACAGGCAGCAGAGAGAGAGAGCGCAGCAGCAUCAGGGUAAAUAUAUAGCCUUCCUUAAACAAUUAAAACCAGGAAGUAGACUUGACUAAACCCUAUGGUGACCUGGAAGGGAUAGCCCACUACCUGCUACAGGUUAAUGCACAGUCUGCCCUGGUGUACUUGGGACAUGUGGUUAGCAGCCAGGGAGUCUCACCUGAUCCCGACAAAGUGGCAAAGCAAAUCCAUGCAAAUCCAUGCAUUCCUUGGUUUUGUGGGAUAUUACAGGCAUUUCAUACGAAAAACUUGCAAAAAUUGGUAAACCCCUUAAUGAACUCUUAGCUGGCACCAGUCUCAGCUGAGGGUGGCCCUCACUCACUAUUAAGCGGACUGAUCAAUGUGUGGCAGCUGUCCAGCAGCUCAAUCAAGAGCUUUUCCAUCUCCCAUUUUAGCAUAUGCAGAUUACACAAUGCCUUUUAUUGUCUAGACUGAUGCCAGUAAUUGUGGGCUUGGUGCUGUCCUGGCUCAAGAACAAGAUGGCCUUGAAUGGGUCAUUGCAUAUGCUAGCAGGAGCCUUCAUCCACUUGAAUGCAAUGACAACAGCUAGAAUUCCUUCAAACUAGAAUGUCUUGCUAUGAAGUGGGCAAUAGUCUUUGAUGUAAAUGUAAAAAGCAUCCAGUCUACCCAUCCACGUUACAGAGCGGACCUGACACAAUGUGAAGCUAUCCACGACAUCAAUCAGUAUGAUGGCUAGUUGUGCUAGUUAAUGCAAGUCAAGAAUGCAUGUCAAAUAUAUGUCAUGGCUAGCAUUUUAUUAAUGUGGUGACUAGUUAUGAUGUGUGUGUGUUAGCAAAGUUUUGCUCAAGAACAUGCACCUCUCUCUCUCUCUCUCUCUCUCUCACACACACACACACACACACACACACACACACACACACACACACACGCCCCUCACAGUGACACCCUAGAGGCAAAAUAUCAGCUAAAUAAAAUUUGUUUAUUUGACUACAGUAAAUAGCAUCAGCAGUUCCAGCUUAGUUCAUGAAAGUACAUUAGCCAGUCUUAUGAAUAUUUAAUGAUGAUUUUAUGAUAUUUAAGGCCUAGUAAUAAAUAACUAGAAAAGUAGUGUAUCCAUCACACACAUUUCAGUCUCUACAGAGGACGUUACUUUUAGAUUCAUUCAUGUUGUAGAGAAUUAUCCUAACUCUGACCUCAGUCACUGCAGGUAUACCUCAAAAAGCUCUUUGAAACUAAGAGGACAAGCCAAAGUGACCUCACAAUGAUGGUUUCGAACCUAAAUUUGUCCCCACGACCAUAGCAAGACAUGCAUACACACAUGUACAUGCCCUAACAGAAGUUGAUCUGCAAUAAACGCAGACACACAGUCCCCUCUGUCUCCUUAUGCGGUCAAAAGCUUUUAACCCUAGAACACUAUCGCUCAAAUUCAAAACACCAUCAUUAACGCCGGGUGAUUUUUACCCGAGAUAAUACACUCAACUAGAAAAUUCCAGGGAAAUUUUGAGUGCCACGGGGGCUACUGCCGGGAUGAGUACAUGAUUUAUUUCCAGUGUUCAAAAGUCACCCUGAUCAUAUUCUGGUUUUGAGAAAUGUCUUGAUAUAAAAGACUCUGAUAUAAAACAAUGUCACAUCCCUCCAUCAUGUAUUAUGUGGGAAAUAUCUCAUAUUCUGUGUUGUUUUUUUUAAUAAAACAAGAGGCAACAUGUCUACAAACUGGCA